AGCUCGUAAGCCCAUCUUUCCUUCACAUUUUUUUUAUCCUAAAUGAAUACCUUCUCUUCCUUCGAAUAAUUUCAGAGACAGCUGAAGAGGUUAGUGUUUGCGGUAAGAAACGCAGGUGAGUGUGCAAAAAACAACAACAAAAAACUAGAUCAAUGGAGGUUAGAGGACCGGCACCCAAAGUAGGAGUUGGGGUAUUUGUAAUGAAGGACAAGAAGACACUUCUUGGAAAAAGGCGGUCCUCCAUUGGCGAUUCUACUUUUGCCCUACCUGGUGGUCAUCUUGAAUUCGGAGAAAGCUUUGAGGAAUGCGCAUUGAGGGAGGUGAAGGAGGAAACAGGUCUAGACAUCAACAAAAUUGAGUUUGUGACGGUCACCAACAGCGUCUUUUUAGAUGAGCCAAAGCCGUCACAUUACAUAACUAUUUUCAUGCGUGGUGAACUGGUGGAUUCACAACAAGAGCCACGGAACCUGGAACCUAACAAAUGUGAUGGUUGGGAUUGGUAUAAGUGGGGUGAUGAGAAUAUUCCAAAGCCUCUCUUUAAACCUCUGCAAAUUUUAGUUGAUAGAGGUUUUAAUCCCUUCGCAGCUGAGGAAAAUUUAUACAUUAAACCACAAUAAGAAUCUGUAUCAUCUAUGAACCAGUGUUUGGAUUGGGUCAUUGCUUGUUGAUUCGUCUUCAUUUGUUAAAAUGAAUACUAUUUUUUUUGCAGCUUUCAAUUUGAAUAGUUUAGAUUGUGGUCUUUGUUUA